AACGCGUUACGUCACGCGUCAGAUGUCACGCGAGACGCGCCGUCGCGCGUGGCCGCUUGUUGGAUCGAGUUUACGCUCUUACGCUCACCUCCAGAAACAAUGUCACGCAUACAACAAGACGCCAUAUUUCGGCUCAGUGAUGACAAAGAGACAAGAGCACUCGCUUUGAACCUACUCAACACAGCUGCACUCGCUACCGGACCGGGGACGGGAUACGACCUGCGCGAGGGCCUGUCAGGCCUUCCGGCCAUCUGCGCGUACAUCGCGUCGGAGCAGCUGGGCGGCGGGGACGUCGCGGAGAGGGUCGCCCAAGGAGCGUCCUGCCUCAAGCCCAAAGUCUGGCGAUCGACACUAAAGACUGUCCAGGCCGCGCUGGAAGCGGUGGCCGCGCAGAAGCAAGAGGAAGAGGAGGCGCCGCUGGACUAUGAAGACUUGAUCGCGCGGAGGAGGCUCAAAGAAUCCGCAUUCGUCGCCGUGUGCAUGCACGAUGUGGAGAGGGCGCUGCUGAAGACGGGGCGGCUCCUGGAGGAGUUUCAUCCUCCGAACGAUGCACUGAAGGUCUCCGUUUUUGUGUGGGUGUGUGUCAGCUUGCUGAAGAUCAGGAGCGUCACACCGGAGAGUAUGCUGAAGAAUUACGAGAUUUCGAAGCGAGACUUCAACGACAUCGUCGAGGUCCUCGAGGAGUCGUGCGCUGAGACGGCCAAGAAGAUCCGACGGAGAGUGUUGGAGUUCAGAGCGAAAGUCGUCGCUGCAAAGUCGUCGGCGGUGUCUGCCACUCAGCCUUCAGAAGCAUCCGACCCCAGAGCCCGCACUGUAUCCCCUUCCAGGUCUGCGUUGGUAACGGAUACUGGAGGUGAACCCUCUGUGCUUCCUGACGAGGUGCCCAUCGCAUCGUCCUCUAAAUCAGUCGUCAUACCAGACAGCGCGCGCGACGCCUCCGUCCCCCCACACAAGACACCUACGCACAAACGAAAGGUAGCAUUCGCAGAGCUAGACGAUGCCGAUGCCGAACUCCUCGACACGCCCUCCAAGCGUCCGCGCGUCGCCUCCCCCACAAAGGCCUCACGAAACCUCCCCGCAUCGCCCGCGAAGCCAACACCGCGACCCGCCGCCUCUGCUGUUCCUGCCGCUCCUGUUGUUCCUGCCGCUCCUGCUGCCCCUGCACCACCUGCACCGCCCGUCCAACCCAUACCCAACCCCGACGCCAUCUCCCCCUCCAAACCGAGCCGCCCAUCAGGCUCACUGCCGCCACCUCUCCCCGCGCUCACGAUGCCAAAACCGUCCAUCUUCCCGAGCACGAAGUCCGCCCCAGUCCAGUCCCCGCUCGACCUCCUCGCCCAGCGGGGCAGCUCGCGGAGCCCUUGGAACAGCCCGCGGCCGCAGACGCGGUCCCAGACGCAGCCCACGCCCAAGCCUGCACCCGUGGCGGGGCCGUCGACGCCCAGCCGCCGCGGCCGCCCGCCGAGGGUGGAGGCGACGACGAGGACCCCGACGACGGCUGCGCGGAUGACACCCGGGCGCACGCCUACGCAGAGCAUGACGAGCCCCACGCGCCGACGCGUCCCUGCGCUGGACGAGGCUGACGAGGACGCGCACCGGCUGCGUCGCUCCCGCCUGGUGUUUUUGGACCAGCGGCAGUGGUUCCAGCGCGAUCUGAGGGCGGAACGCGAGUGGAGGGCAACGGAGGCGAGGAUGCGCGACAUUGGUAUGGUACCUUCUGCACGGGUGAGAGGCGGGAGGGCGAGGCCGGUGUCUGCUUGAGCUUGCUUGUUCGUGCUGUUCACGUCACGUUGUAUACCGUUGUAUGAGUACUGCCUCUUACUGGGGUUUGGAUUGAUUGGAAUGUCUUGUGUAAGAAGUGUAGGAAAGGUAGUUGCUAAUCAAUUGUGCAUUCUUCGAGCAUGCUAGCUAAGACCGGAUAGAUACAGUGUAGAUGGAGAGCACACGAACAUUGAGUGGAUC